CAAGAACCACCAGCAAUCAACAGUGCGACCUCCAGUGCAGAUGCCAGUAUUUUCCUGAAGGAAAUCUUAUUUUUCUUUUUUUGGUAUGUUAACACAAGGCACAUACUUAUUUUUAAUUUGCCUGCAAGUGUGAUUCUAAAUUGCAUUUAGUAUGCAUAUGUAAGUACACUGCCCUUGCGUUUCCUAUAGAGGUCUUCUGCGUUACUCACCCACUAACUGAGAAGGUGUUUCCCACUCAACUAGGAGGAGACCCGUUUUAGUAACACGCAACGGAUGUAGAAGAGCGUGUAAAGGAAGCGUUUUUGUGCUUAAGUGCUCUUUGAAAUACGCCUUCCUAGAAGCAUAAAUUGUUUUCACGGGUCCUGGACAUCAGUUGUACACCCAGAAUUGAAGAGAUACGUGUGCUAAGCCAGAUAUCCUGGACUGCGUCAAAGCAGAGCACUGCUGUGCAUGGCUUGUUUCACACCAUCGGUGAGCUAGGCCACUGGACUUCACCAGCCAUGUUAACCUCCACAGCGACCACAGUGACCCAAAGGACCGCAAAGCGAGGCGCCGUUGGCAUGGACCCGCUCACCUACAGCCUCAUCGGCGUCACGGCCUUCUUUGCGGUGGUCAUGGCUCUGCUCGUGCUGCUCUGGCUCGUCAAAUAUCGCUCGCUAAUGCGCACCAUUCGGGAACUGAGGGGGGAGCAGCGGUUGCAGAACAUCCCUCCGCCGGACGCCCCGGCCUCGGUGGACACGGUCACCGUCACGCUGGGGCAGGCGACGCCCUCCGACAGUCCGCUGCAGAGACAAAAAUCCAAGUCGGCCUCCAGGUCACUAUGGAAACCAUCGCAACUGAAUCCUCGCUUCACAAAGGCUGACCUGAGCCUAAUGCAGCUCAUCAAAGCAGGGAAGGAGGGUGUGUUCUACAAGGCAAAGAUGACGAGAGGAACCUGCAAAGGCCACUCGCUGUUCACCUGCAAGAUUACCAAAGAGGGCGUCUCUGCUAAACGGGUGAAGUCAGAGGUGUCCAUCAUGAGGAAGCUGGGACACCACAAGAACGUGCUGCAGCUGCUGGACUGGAACACCACCGAAGACCCCUACGUGCUGAUCCUGGAGUACGUGAGCUGCGGCACCCUGCGGAGCUUCGUGCAGGCGCACCGGGACAGGCUGAGCUCCGACAGCGAGCUGCAGAACCUCUUCACCGUGGCGGCCUACCACAUAGCGCUGGCCAUGGACCACCUCCGCGCCAAGAUGGUGGUGCACUGUGACCUGGCCCUGCGGAACAUCAUGGUGAACAGCUUCCCCCGGGAGGUGAAGGUGGCCGAGUUCGGCCUGGCCCGGGACCUCACCCGCAUGAGUAGCCGACGCAGCACCCGAAAAAAGCGCCGUGGGGAACGCGUGCCCCUGCGCUGGUACCCUCCAGAGUACUUCAGGAGCAAUUACUACAGCUUCAAAGGGGACGUGUGGGCAUUUGGCAUAGUGCUCUGGGAGAUGCAAACUUUCGGCACCUUGCCCUACCCCAAUUUUGAGAGCUCAGAAGAGGUUAUCGCCCACAUCUGCGCUGGACACAAGAACGCAGACCCUGAGAACUGCAGGCCAGAGUUACUCCAGGUGAUGAGCGACUGCUGGCUGGAGCCCUACACCCUGAGGCCCUCGUUCUGCGACAUCAUCCAGAUCCUGGAGGCCGUCCUGGAGGAUGAUAUGGAUUAUGUGGACGUGGACAACCGGAGGCCACUGGCCCCCGGGCCCCCUAACAACUGAGGAUCCGUGGAACAGGCCUGGAUCUCUGCCCUUCCAGCACUGACAAGGCCAGCCCUCCAUGCGCUGCGCGCUUACAGCAUCAGUACAGGAAGUGCAAAUGGACAAACACUCUUUUGAGCUUCACCAGCCUUCCGCUAAUGUAGGAGAAGUGGGAAGAGCAGGAGAUUUUCAGUGCAUUAGCCCACUAUAACGGCAGUACCUAGGGUGUGUGCACGUCUGUUGGACGUCUGGUGUCUCCAAUCGAGGCAUCUGUUAAUGUAGCGAUGGGCUGACUGUUACCAGGGUUCCCGCGGGCUGACACAUUAUUGGCCGAGUCAGAUGCAGGGGGGUUCCUGGUACCCUGUUCAGCUGUGGCUCCUCUGUUUGAUUGGCUGACUGCGGCUGCGUGCCCCAGCAGUACCUGUACAGUUCCCUGGAGCAACAGUCGCACUGCUCAUCGGGCAGACUGCAGAGGGGAAAGGCAGCGGGUGGCUACGUGCGCUUGGAGGACUUGCAUGCUAACAGAUGCCCUCUCAGGUUAAACAAGGUCAUUGUAGCUGUGAGCCCACAGAUACAAUUGGCAUUCCAAAUUUGGGGAGAAAAUAAAUAAAAAUAAAUAUAUAAACACCAGCGAAACAAAUACAGAAGACACACAUACCCGUAGCUCUCAUAACAUUUUACCCAAAACAUUACAGGACGUGCUAUAAAAUGAUCAAGACUUGUGCGCUUGUCUUAAUGACUAUUGCUUUAAUUUAUUUUUCUAUUUUAAAAAAUAAACGGUUGCCUAUAUCUUUGCAUAUUUAUAUAGUCCUAUUUAUAUCUAUGUAACUGUAACUGCACAAUGAGUCCUUAGGGCCAGCUCAGAUGAAAAUCAGACAGGGCAGUAAUUCAUACGCAAGUUGUAUAUGACAUGUUUUCACAUGUAUCACGGGUUGAUAGGGGGAAAAUGUUUGAUUUUUGAGAAAACAUCUUUUAAGUGUCAAUUAAUAUAGUUCAAUCAGAAUUUGGAAUUGUGGAUCCCUUACAAGAAAUGUCACAAUUCUAAAUGUUAUGCAGGUUGCUGAGAUGCUAAUAAGUCUAUUUUACGGCAUGUUCUUGGAUUAAACAUCAUCAUUGUAGCAUUGAGCAACAAUUUGUGCAGCAAUAUUUCUGCGAUCAGUCCAAGUUUGUAGCGCUUGACAGAUUGAAGUCUGACCCCUAGUGGCUCCUUUCUCAAAUGACUACCCAGUCUCAGAUUAUCUUUGAGAUAGAGAUAAGUUACGUUAAUAGAAGUGCAAUCAACACUGUUAAAAAGGGUUUUGCCCACAAAUAAAAA